AGCAAUUAUCGUUACGAAUUACAAAACACGCUGUCUGGCCGGGCAUAUUUUUCUAGUUUAUAUAUUACGAAAUCAGCAGUUGCAGUUGAUUUAAAGCCACAUUUAACUAACAGUCAAAAUGAUACAACAACAGCGCCAGCGUGUCGAGUCGGCCGUCACCGAGCUCAUCGAUGAUAUGGACAAAACGCAUCUGCGCAAAAUGCAGACGGAAAUGCAUUUGUGUGCGGCAAAGUGCUGCCAGGAUGGCACCUCCAGCGUAGACAGCGUGCAGCGCUGCGUCGACCGCUGCUCGGCGCCGAUGACCCGCGCCCAAAACUAUGUGCAACACGAACUGGGCGAAUUUCAGGGCCGGCUACAACGUUGCGUCAUGCAAUGCAAUGACGAUGUCAAAGUCAAAAUGCCAGCAACACCCAACGAGGAUCAAAUUGCCAAGUACACGGAUCAGUUCGAAAGAUGUGCCAUACAAUGCGUGGACAAGCAUGUCGGCCUUAUACCCAAUCUGAUGAAGACCAUGAAACUGGUUCUGGCCAAGGGACCCGAAGCAAUACCGCAAGCCUAAGACUUUGUGUAUAUAUAUAUGUAUAUAUAUAUAUAUAUCUUCAUAUACAUAUACAUAUAUAGAUGCAUUGCAUUUAAAUUUAAUUACCUUAAUAGUUGAGCUCCUCUUUUCUAAUGUCUGGCAACAGAAUAUUGUUAACUGAAUCAAAUUUUAUAGCCUCAAAUUAAAUGCUGUUUUGUUUUUCUGAA